AUGAGUGAUCGAGACGAUUUUUCUGAAUUAAUUGGUAGUGCACGAAAUGUGACUAAAUGUUCAUCAUUUUAUUUUAAUGGUCGCAUUCGUUAUGGAACAAAAGGUGAAAAAGUUGAAGAAAGAUUUUUAUGUAUGAAUGCUUUUCGUGUGUAUAUUUGUUCAAUAAAAAUUCCUGUUAAAAUUGAAUCACAAUUUAAUAUUUUAUCAAUUAAACUAAUAGAUCGAACAAGUGAUUCUCAUGUUAUUAUCGAAACAGAAGAAAAACAAGUUCAUUCAUUGUAUAGUUUGCAUGAUAAAGCAUCAAUACAACCGUUUCUUCUUAUACUUAUUCGAAAUUUACAUGCUGUUUUUCCUCAUAGAUUACAAGCAAUUGUCGAAAUUCGUCCUGAGAAUGAAUAUGAUAAAUUAUUACGUUUAUCAAAUGAAUAUUAUGAAGAUAUAUUGAAUGGUAUUCGUCCAUGUGGAGGAUUUUCUAUUCGUUAUGAAUGUGCUUGUGAUCUUUUUCAAUCAUCAUGUCAUAAAUAUGUACAAAAUCUUAUUGAUAACGUAUUUGCUCAUCGUGUAUCACGUGAAUUUACAUUUCGUGAAUUCGAAUCACUCACUCAAAAGGAUUGGUUACCCAUAAUUCAUGCAUUACGACAUAAUGAAUGGUUUACAAAAUUAACUAUUGAAAAUACGAAAUUGUCAUCGGAAAAUAUUGACGAACUUUGUACUGUUACUCGUCUAUGUGAAACAAUUAAAGAUUUACGUCUAGUUAAUUGUGGUCUAACAAAGGAUUUUGGCACACGAUUCGGUCAUUGUCUAUCAGUUACUUGUGUUGAAAAUCUUGAUUUAUCAAAUAAUACACUUGAAGAUAAAGGUUUAAUUAAUUUAAGUUCAUCGUUACAACAACGUAAAUUACCACUUCGAUCUAUUAAUCUUCAAUCAUGUUCAAUAACUCAUAAAAGUUUACAAACAUUCCAUACGACAUUAAUGAAUAAUACUUGUUUAUUAAAAAAUCUUCAAACUCUUAAUCUAUCAGGAAAUCGUAUUAAAGAAGAAAAUUGUAUUACAAUUCUAUUUUCUAAUAAUGAUAAUAUGUUAGAAGAAUUGCAUUUAAGUGAUGUUGAAUUUAGUCUUGAAUCGUUUUUUCAUUCAUUAGCAACAUUUUCAUGUAAACUUCGUCGUUUAUUUAUAUCAUCUACUAAGUCUUCCAAUCCAACAGUAAACGUAGGUGGUGUAAAAACAUUUUUUACAAGAAAUCAAACAUUAGAAAUUUUACAAUUAACCAAUGCGAAUUUAUCUAAUGAUUUUCUCAGAGAAUUAUGUGAUGGUCUUCAUUCGAAUAUUUAUUUGAAUAAAUUUGAUCUACGUCUAUCAGGAAAUCAACUUGAAGCAUUUAUUCGUGAAUAUGCACAUCAUUUUGCAACGAUUCCUAGUUUAACUGCACUUGAUAUUACUGGAUGUGAUUUGGAUAAUGAAAUGUCAACAUUAUUAAUUGAAUUAAAAAAGAAUCGAAAAUUAAAAUCGUUGCAUUUAGGCAAAAAUUUUAAUAAUAUAAAAGCAAAACAUAUGCAACGAACAAUUAAUGUUAUGAAAGAUCUUGUAUUAGAAAAUGAACUUGAAUAUUUAUCACUUACUGAUUCAAAAUUGAAAGAAUAUACAGCAGAUUUUCUUUAUUCAAUACUUAACAAUACAUCAUUGAAAACUCUCGAUAUCCGAGGAAAUUUAAUGGGUGAUGCUGGUGUACGUGUAUUGACACACAUAAUAAAAAUAAAUCGUCAUUUACAUACAAUAUUUUACGAUCGAAAUACACUUUCUUUAAACAAUUUCGAAGAGAUUGUCGAUGCAAUGGAAGAAAAUCAUGCUAUUCAAUAUUUACCAAUUCCAAUAACUGAUAUAAUCCUAAUGAAAACAACAGAAAAAGAUCGUAUGGAAAAAUUACAAAUGUUAAUGAAUAAACUUGAUACUCUAUGUACAAGAAAUCAAGAACAAAAAGAAAAUAUAUUUUCACCUGAUUCUUUACUUGUUAUACCACCAGCUAAUUUAACACGUGAAAUAAAUCAAUCUUGGGAAAAUCAACAACAAUUAAUUGGUGAUCAAACAUCACUUGAAUAUAUUCUAUCUUGUUCAAAUCGAUUAAAUAAUAAACAAGAAGAAAUUCAAUCAAUUUUAACACGAACAACACGUAUUGCUAAAAUUUCAUCUGAAUUAUAUGAAUCAUAUAUAAAUGAAGAAGAACAAUUGAAAAAUGAAUGGAAUGAUAUGUGUAAAUUAUUUGAACAAAAAUUAAUAGAAAAAAAUGACCGAUUAUCAAGGAAAUUUUAUCAAUUAUUUAAAGAACAAACAACAAUUAAUUAUGAUGAUAAAUUACAGGAACAAAUAAGAACAUUUUUUUCAAAUUCAAAUGAAAAUAUUCAACAUUUACUAAAUAAAGAAAUACCUACUCGAUUAACAACAUAUACACGUGAAUGUUAUAUUAAUGUAGCUACUUGUUUACAAAAACGUGCGUAUGAUACAACGAAUGAUAUUGCAAUUGAUAUGCAUAAACAAUUAGAAACAACUAUAUUUCAAGCUGCAGCUUCGUCACAACAAACAUCAGCAACAGAUGUAUCACAAAAUACAGCACCAUCGACUCUUGAUCGUCUCGUUCAUCGUGGUGCUAAUGUUGUUCAUCGUUUAGCUCAUAAACAUAAUCAUGCUCAACCUGAAACAGCAGAUGAAACAGUAGUUAAUCGUUCAUUAAAAAAAUCUGACUCAAGUGAAUAUCUCACAGAACCUACACUAAAACCUACUAAAUCAAUAGCAAAAGAUGAUCGUUUAUUAGCAGCUACACAAAGUAAAACCAUAACACCUCCAGCACCAACUUCACCAAAACCAAUGACAAUACCAGGUGUUGGUUGGCGUCGAUCAGUUUUAGUUAAUACAAAUGAAUCAGAAUCAAAUUCAAUUAAUACUGAUCCAAUUUAUAAUAAUGUACCUAAUGCAAAUCGACUUAAAAAGAAGGAAAUGUCAAUAGAAGAUGAAGGUGAUCUUAUUGAACAUGAUUUACUUGAUUUAGUUGAACAAGAACAACAGAAAGAAUUACAAAGAAAUAAUACACCACCUCCUGUACCAGCAAAAAAACGAAUGGCACCAGCAGCACCUGAUAAUAGUCUUGAUAUUGAUAUUGAACCAACAACGAAAUUAAUUCAUAUAGGUAAAGACCGACCUCGUCGUACAAAUAUAAAACCACCAGUAAAACGAGGAACUAAUGGCGGUUCACAUGAUAGUUCAUCUGAUGGUGGUCUUGAUAAUGAUGAUAAUAGUAUUGGAGAUAAUCCACCAGUAUCAACUACUGAAACAGCAACUACAAAUCUUCCUAAUACAUCCACUACUGAUCCACAAACAUCCGAAUUACCACCGAAAACCGUAACAAAACUUUUUAAACCAACAUUAAAAUCUACAAAAGCAACAAAUGACGAACCAUCUCCACCACCUGUUCCAGUAAAAAUUCAACAACAUUUAUCAGCACGACCUUCAAAUGCUCAACAUCAAACUAAUGCACCAUUAACCGCUUCAAAAUCAGUAGCAGUAACAAAUAAUGAUAUAUCACAAAUUAUCAAUUCAGAUACAACACAUGAACCCGUUCACACAAAACCUUUAAUGUCAAUGAGUUCAUAUGCUGGAUUCACACCAUCGAACAGAGACGAACAAAAAGAAACACAUAAUUCAUCCGAAAAUGUAUCAUCACCAGUCCCACCAGUAUUAACUCGAUCAGGCAAAGCUGCAAUUGGUACUCGUGUACUUCCAGCACUUGAUCCUAAUGGAGAAGCACCACCAGUUCGAUUAAGGCAUUAUCCGCUAGAUAAAAAAGUUUCUCUUCCUGUAAAUUUACCUCCAGUAGAGAAUACAAUCGAAUCUGAUAGUACUCCUGGUGCUGGAGAUUCAAACACAUCUGAUGACAAUGAACAGUAUAAACGUUUAUCAGUAAAAGAAAGAGCUCGUUUGUUAGCUACAACUAAUCCGACAAUGUUACCAAUGGAGAAGAAACCAAUAACACCACCGAAUACGACAGUUACAUCGCCUUAUACACCUCGUAAUAAUCGACGAUUAAUCGAACAAGUGAAUUUAUUCUGUUGA